UGUGCAGGCAGGCAGGCUGGCUGGCCGCCGCCACUCUGGGCAAGCAGGCAGGCUGGCAGGCCGCCGCUGCCUGGACACUACUCGGCAGAGCAAUUGUGCAUUAGAGCCCCUAAAAUCUCAAUCUUUGCGGUGAAGCACCCUACAGCUGCGUCCCCUCACCUCGACAAGGAAGCUGGACGGCGCAUCGUUGCGGCCAGGCAGAGCGCGGGCGCAUCGGCAGCAUCCGUAACGAAGCGCGCGCCGACUCCGAGCGGCCAGUUGCCGGGGCCCACCACGGAGAGCGUCCCGGAUGGGGCCAGCUCCACGACCGUCCGCGCUACCUCCGCCGCCGACAGCCGUGCCCGCGAUGCCGCAGACACCAGCGCCACUGCGGCCGCCGCGGCUGCCACCACCCUAACCCCGCGCCUCGCGGUUCUGGAGGGGGCGGCACGCAGGGACGCCGGCUUCUUGGAGAGGACGGUCGCCGGGGUUGGGAGCGUCGAGGAGAGGAGGGAUGACGAAGACGACGACAUGGCGUAAGAUUGGAGGUUGAGAUUUGGUGGGGGAUUUUUGACGGCUGCUGCCCAAGCGGCUGUGUUGACCUGCCAGCGUGCCUGCACAGGCGGCGAUGGCGGCUUGCAGCCUGCUUGCCUGCAAAGGGCGGCUGCGCCAAGGCAGCAAGAAGGCAUGCGACGCUUAACAUAAAUUUCAAACGCAAUGGAUUGGCAAAAGCACAGGAUACUGAUGGUGUCCGACUUUUUCUUCCCAAACUUUGGUGGUGUUGAAAGCCACAUCUACUAUCUGUCGCAAUGCCUGCUUAAGCUUGGCCAUAAGGUUGUUGUCAUGACACAUGCGUAUGGAAACCGAUCUGGAGUACGUUAUGUCACAAAUGGUUUAAAGGUUUAUUAUGUACCAUGGAGACCAUUCCUGAUGCAGAAUACACUACCUACAUUAUUCUUGACAUUUCCAGUUGUAAGAACCAUUAUUAUACGUGAGAGGAUUUCUGUCGUGCACGGACAUCAGGCUUUUUCUACAUUGUGCCAUGAAGCAUUGAUGCAUGCCAGGACGAUGGGGUACAAAGUUGUCUUCACAGAUCACUCACUUUAUGGUUUUGCUGAUGCUGGAAGCAUUCACAUGAAUAAGGUGCUGCAGUUUACUCUUGCAGAUAUUGAUCAAGCAAUAUGUGUUUCUCGUACAAGCAAAGAGAAUACUGUACUGAGGUCUGGGAUAUCUCCGGAGAAAGUUUUUAUGGUUCCUAAUGCCGUUGAUACUGCAAUGUUUACUCCCUCCCCUGAGCGCCUAAGCUGUGAUGAAAUUAUUGUAGUGAUCAGUAAGUUAGUGUACCGAAAAGGUGCAGAUCUUCUUGUGGAAGUAAUUCCAGAAGUAUGUCGUCUAUUUCCAAAGGUUCGCUUUAUCAUUGGAGGUGAUGGUCCAAAACGUGUGCGACUUGAAGAGAUGAGGGAGAAGUUUGCCCUUCAGGAUAGAGUUGAAAUGUUAGGAGCUGUGCCUCAUGCUCAAGUACGGUCAGUUCUGAUCUCUGGUCAUAUAUUUUUAAACAGUUCACUUACGGAGGCAUUUUGCAUCGCCAUUUUAGAAGCAGCUAGCUGUGGACUGCUGACUGUAAGCACUAGAGUUGGAGGUGUCCCAGAGGUUCUUCCAGAUGACAUGAUAGUACUUGCAGAACCAGCUCCAGAAGAUAUGGUAAGAGCUGUUACGAAAGCUAUUGACAUGCUGCCUGGAAUAAAUCCUCAAGUUAUGCAUCUUCAGAUGAAAAAAAAACUUUAUAGUUGGGAUGAUGUGGCCAAAAGAACAGAGAUUGUUUAUGAUCGUGCAGUGCGAUCCUUGACAACAAAUUUGCUAGACCGCCUUCCCCAAUAUCUCACUUGUGGAGUUUGGGCGGGAAAAUUGUUUUGCCUGGUUAUAUUAAUCAAUUACCUACUAUGGUGCCUUCUAAGAAUUCUUACAGCCUGCUGAAGGUAUUGAAGAAGUCCCAGAUAUAGGGCCACUACAUGCUCAUUUAGAUUCAAGAGAUGAUUUAUGAAGUUUGGAGAAAAGCCUCGGAAGCAGACAUAUCUGAAUAUAUAGUUGGGUUGGCUAGUUAACUCUAUCAGCCAUGCAUGAGCACGAAUCGGAACUGUGUCUAAAGUUCAAUUGCAACAUAUCAACCCAGCUGUGCAUUGGUGCCAAUGUUGAAAUGAGCAACAUCAUUUAGGAGCGCAAGUUCUCAUUUACAAGCAAGCCCUACCAUCAAUUGCGGCUGGGAGUUUAUGCUAAACUAGCUAUUGGCAGAUAUGAUCAUUGCUUUGUAAUUGCCUAAGCUAUCUUGGGCGCUGAAGUUACGGCUGAUCUCUUCAGAAAAAGGGUAUUGCACUGCUAUUAACCUAUAUGUAGAAUCUUGUUCCGUCACCUCAGAAAAGACAGGAAAAUUCGGUCGUGUAAACAUGCUACUCGAGAAAUAUUUAACUACAUUCAAUCUAUUUGCCGUUGCUA